GGAAGGCGGAGCGGUCCUAGCGCCCGGCGCCCCCGCCGCCACCGCCCCGGUUCCCCUGCAGGGCCCGGUACCGGAGACGGGGCGAGGGGCCGGGUGUGCGGGCCCCGAUGUCGGCGCCGCUGAAGAAAGGCCCCGGGGGGCUGAUCGGGUUGAUGAAGGACGCUUUCCAGCCGCACCACCACCACCUCGGGCCGCACCAGCCCGGCGCUGUGGACAAGAAGAUGGUGGAGAAGUGCUGGAAGCUCAUGGAUAAGGUGGUUCGUUUGUGCCAGAACCCAAAACUGGCGUUGAAGAACAGCCCACCCUACAUCCUUGACCUGCUACCUGACACCUACCAGCACCUACGAACCAUCCUGUCGCGCUACGAGGGGAAGAUGGAGACACUAGGAGAAAAUGAGUAUUUCCGCGUGUUCAUGGAGAAUUUGAUGAAGAAAACCAAGCAGACCAUCAGCCUCUUCAAGGAAGGGAAAGAGCGGAUGUACGAGGAGAACUCUCAGCCGAGGCGCAACCUGACCAAGUUGUCCCUGAUAUUUAGCCACAUGCUGGCAGAACUCAAAGGCAUUUUCCCAAGCGGCCUUUUCCAAGGAGAUACCUUCCGCAUCACCAAGGCAGACGCUGCAGAGUUUUGGAGAAAGGCAUUUGGUGAAAAGACUAUUGUUCCCUGGAAGAGCUUCCGUCAGGCCUUGCAUGAAGUGCAUCCAAUCAGUUCAGGGCUAGAAGCCAUGGCCUUGAAGUCAACGAUUGACUUGACGUGCAAUGACUACAUUUCAGUAUUUGAAUUCGAUAUCUUCACACGACUGUUUCAGCCAUGGUCCUCUCUGCUCAGGAACUGGAAUAGCCUAGCGGUGACUCAUCCCGGUUAUAUGGCAUUCCUAACGUAUGAUGAGGUGAAAGCCCGGCUUCAGAAAUUCAUUCACAAACCUGGCAGUUAUAUUUUCCGACUGAGCUGCACCCGCCUCGGGCAGUGGGCCAUCGGCUAUGUCACUGCAGAUGGGAACAUCCUUCAGACAAUCCCCCACAACAAACCUCUUUUUCAAGCACUGAUUGAUGGCUUCAGGGAAGGCUUUUAUUUAUUUCCCGACGGCCGGAAUCAGAAUCCUGACCUGACUGGCUUGUGUGAGCCCACACCUCAGGACCACAUUAAAGUAACGCAGGAACAAUAUGAACUGUAUUGUGAGAUGGGCUCCACUUUCCAGCUGUGUAAAAUAUGUGCUGAGAAUGACAAGGACGUGAAGAUUGAACCAUGCGGCCACCUGAUGUGCACCUCCUGUCUCACUGCGUGGCAGGAAUCAGAAGGCCAGGGCUGUCCUUUUUGCCGCUGCGAAAUCAAAGGCACAGAGCCCAUUGUAGUAGACCCAUUCGACCCCAGAGGAGGAGGAGGAUUAUCCCGGCAAGGGGCAGAAGGGACUCCCUCACCCAAUUAUGAUGAUGAUGAUGACGACAGAGCUGAUGAUUCCCUCUUCAUGAUGAAGGAACUCGCUGGUACCAAAGUUGAGCGUCCUCCUUCUCCGUUCUCAGUGGCUCCACAGGCUACCCUUCCUCCUGUGCCACCACGACUAGAUCUUUUGCAGCAGCGAGUGUCCAAUCCGCCUGGAGCCUCCAGUCCUGGGACCACUUCAAAGGCUGCACCUGGUCCUCUUCACAAAGAUAAACCUUUGCCAAUCCCACCCACGCUCAGAGAUCUCCCGCCACCACCACCUCCGGACAGGCCACAUUCCAUUGGGACUGAAGGUCGACCUCAGAGGCGUCCCCUGCCUUGCACGCCAGGAGACUGUCCUUCGAGAGAGAAACCACCCCCGGUGCCCUCCAACCGUCAGGCGGAGCUGUGGCCGUCCAGGCCGAUGCCAAAAGCCCCAUCUGUAGCUCUGAGCCCUGGUGACCCUUGGGCUGGGAGAGAACUGUCAAACAGACACUCGCUUCCCUUUUCCCUGCCCUCUCAGAUGGACUCCAGGGCUGACAGCCAUCGACUUGGGAGCACGCUCAGCCUGGACAACCAAGUGAGCUUGAAUAGUGGUCCGCCAGCAACCCCAGAGUGUGAACACCCCAAAAUUAAACCCUCCUCGUCUGCCAAUGCGAUCUACUCCUUAGCUGCCAGACCACUGCCUGUACCAAAACUGCCUCCUGGGGAACAGUCUGAGAGCGAUGAAGACACUGAAUACAUGUCACCAUCCUCCCUGCCUGUGGUGCCUCCAGGUUCUGCUGUACAAAAACCAGACGUCAAAAUGCCUUUGGAAAUGACUCAGAGUUUACGAGUUUUAGACUGCGACCCGCAAGCCGAUGGCUGUAUGUAUGAAGCAAUGUACAACAUUCACUCUCAAGCAGCAUCCUCUGCUUUCGAGACCGUCAGCGCUUCUGAUGAAGGAGAUCUGGCAGCAGCCACUGCCAGCAACGGCCCUGAAGAGUCAGAAAAUGAAGAAGAUGGUUAUGAUAUCCCCAAACCACCACUACCGGUUGCUACUGCUCGUCGCACACUGUCUGAUAUCUCCAAUGCCACGCCUGCCUUCAGCCGAAUGUCUUUGGAAAAUGACCCUGUAACAGGUUUUUCAGACGGCUCUCAAGUUCCAGAAAGGCCGCCAAAACCUCUACCACGGCGAAUAAAUUCUGAGCGGAAAGCAGGGAGCUGCCAGGCAGGCGGAGCCAGCGGCGGGCCCAGCACGUCACUGCAGCUCUCCAGCGAGAUCGAGAACCUAAUGAGCCAAGGCUACUCAUAUCAGGACAUUCAGAAAGCCCUGGUCAUUGCACAUAACAAUAUUGAAAUGGCCAAGAAUAUUCUCCGGGAGUUUGUUUCCAUUUCCUCCCCUGCGCAUGUGGCCACAUAGCACAUUACCUGCACACCUACAGCUUCUGUGGACCAACUGCCUGGGCAGGCGUAGCCCAGCCGUGCACCAAAGGGGAAGGGGGUUCCUUUAGAGACUUCAUACUGAGGUCGGUCCUGCCUCUUCAGAGAAUCAGUUAUCAGGUUUUUGUGGUUCCAGAUUUCAAAGCAGAGGAAUGAAAUGGAGCAGAAUGGUGUUUUAUACAGUGUAUGUCUUGGAGUCCUUUCCCCCUACCUCUUGUUUGAGAGAACAGAUUUAUUUCCAGGGUGUUGGCAGAGAAAGGUAUCCCCGAUCUGGUGCCCUGGAGGCUGGGGAGGAGUGUUUUGUGCUGUGAAUUCUAAGUGAAUGCUCUGAGAAGCAAAGUCUCGAGGUCGGUGUGGUGUGUCCUGUGGUUCAUGGUACUGGGUUUGGCUCUAUUCGCUGCUGUGUGUCUGGCUCAGGCUUUUUAGAGCAGCCGGAAGGUCACUUUCUGCUGGGAAUAAAUAGGAGAUCUUGGAGGAAUCUUGCGAUUGCUUCCUGUUUGCCAUGGCGUUUCCCUCGUAGCUGUAAUAAUAGCAUUUAUUGCUUAUGAGUCCAGCCCUCCCAUCUGGCCUGGAGAGAGCAUGACUUGCUUGUGUGUCACUUGUGUGACUCUUGCUCGUGUCAGGUAUUUUGAUCUUGGCUGCCAGGAGUUGGGUUUCUCUCAUGCGUGUCCUCUUGCCGGCAGCACUGGCAGCACCAGAUUCCAGGCUGCUGGAUGUGCUGAAAGUUUUGCGUGUUUUUGAGGGGUGGGAGAGGGUGGGAAGAAUUCGAGUAAGAGCAAAGGACCGACUGCCGCUUCUCCCUUUUUGAGCCUUGAGCAUUUUGCGCUUUGGUGCUCAGGUGGGAUUGUGGCCCUGCUGGCCUUGAGCAGCCAUCGCUGGACACUCCCCUGCGCUCUUCCUCUAGGAAUGUUGCAUCUGGUAAAUAGGAUGUUUUAUUUAUCUUAAUUGCAUGGUGGCUAUUGCAGACGAGAGGCCUUCGCAUGCAUUCCAUCAUCUCCUUCCAGAGCUCCUGCAGGAGCCAGCUGUCUGUGUGCCAAGCUGUUUGUGGAACCGGUAGGUGCGGCUGAUGUGUUUGUUGGUAUCUUACCUGCUUUGCAGUAAAAGAAGCGCAGCAGCUCUCUGCAUGGCUAUCAAAACAAUAUGGGGGUCCUCUUUCCAUUUCCAGUACUCCAGAGCUGGUGUUAAAACAGCUUUGGGAAACUUCCGUUUCUGUAAAACGAUCACAUGGCUUUAAAAGUCAGGACUUUGGGAAAACCUGACUUGCGUGCUCGGUAACUUCACUCUGUUUACGCACACUUGCUGUGUGAGAAGAGCGUGGUUCCUUUUGAAAGGAUUUAAAUGAAGUGAGGGUUUGUAGAUCACAGCCUGACAAAACAAACAAGUGCUCUGUGUUCCGAGAGGCCAUUGGCCUUCCGAAGCGUGUCUGGUGUUUGCGUCUCCCUAUGGGCAGCAGUAGCCACUGGGCAAAGGGUCACAGCUGGAGAUGUUGGAGCAGUGAGGGCAGCUGGAUGCAGUUUAGGCUUCUGGAGAACCUCUUAGCUGGCCCCAGAGACACAGCUUGGAACCGGCAGAGAGGACUUAAGUAUUAGCAAAGGGAACUGAGCACGAAAUGUUUGUUUUACGUAGAGCAGAGGUUUCUCUCUGGCCUUACGACUUAAUAAACUGACGCGGUGUGUUUCAGCAGUUUAAAAGCGUGAAGUGUCUCUCUCCACUCCCCUCCUUUCUGUAGUAAAGAAAAUGUUCUUGGAACGGUAAGGAGAUCUCCUGCCACACUUGAAGCCCAUCACCACCGUGGCUAUUUUAGGGCCAGGGCUUGAAAGCGGCCAGUGCAGCGCAUGGAUGAGAUUUAUGUCAGUGGGCACAGCGCUCGGCAGCGGCACCGAGAGAGGUUGGGCACAGCCAGGAGAGGGGUCUGGCCUCGGUGAAGGAGCUGCCUUUCAGGGAAGGUGAUGUCAGUGCGUGCUGUACUCGAGGAAAAGCUGUUCUCAUUACUCUGCCCACACGUGCAGUGCCAAGCGCCGCCGUGAACCAGCCCUGCUCUGUGUGAAGGGCUCCGUGUGGCAGCCCCGGCUGCUGUGUCUGUGGCAGCUGCUGGAGAAGCAGCCCAGCGCUGGCGUUGCCGCAGCAGGAACACGGAGCAGCCCCGGGUGUUGUCUCUGAAGUUCUGCAUGUUAUGCUGGGGAGCCCGAGCAACCGGUCCUGCUGCAUGAGAGCUGUUUGCUGGCUCUCUCUUGAAGAACCUGCUAGAAACCCUUCCAGGAGGGAGCACUGUGGUUUUAUUUCCCUCUUUUUCCUCUUCUUUCCAAUGCUGCCACUCACUCGGUGUUGCGUUUGGAACCACUUCGUUUCUGCUUGCUGUGUAAACUCUGUGGAAGUGUGUUCAAGUGGGGCGUGUGACUCCUGCUGCUGCCAAGGCUGCGCGAGAGCCAAGUCCAGCCAGCUAGAAACCCUUAACUCUUGUCCUGCGCAGUGUGUAUGAUCGGAUUAGUGCUGCCCUGUCCCGCACAAGCCCUUUGUUCCUGGCUUGUAGUGAUGUCGAGUUAAAUCACACCGAGCAGAGCUGUUACAGCCCGGUCUUUGGGGGUUUGUGUGCUGAAAGGUGUUCCUGUGCAUAUUGUUCAGGUAUUAGAGCUUAGAGAGAGCAAUCUUCGUGGCAUGUAUCACUGAUUUUUCUGCAUGUGUCCUUCCUGUGCACUGUUUGUGUCUUAAAACUGGUUUGAGAAACUUAAAUCUUGGCUUUUCUUCCUUAGAGAUGUGUUUACUGGUACCGGUGGGCGCGGCAGAGUCCUGACCACGCUCUGUGCAGCACAGCAUGUAUUUCUUGUUGUUCUUUCGGAAGGGUAAGGCUGAGAUGGAUUUCACUUUGUUUUCCCUUCCCCUCUUUAAUCUUAAGAAGUUAACUUUAUGACGCUACUUUAAGAAGAAAAAUACAACCCCAAAUGUCUAGUGCCUUUCUGAAGGGAACGCCGCGUCGCUAGGCUGGGUCUGAGGAGCCCUAACUGGACAAGCUGUAGCGAUGCCUUUGAGCACAAAGCUGCUUGGAAAGGGGGAAAAAGGAGGGGGAAGAGGGAUGGGCAAUCGUCGCUUCAACUCUGAGUUUUGUAGCAUUUCAACUGUGGAGGCUUCCUACUGUAUCCAUUACUACCGAUGACUUCUCUGGGCUGGUACCAUGCUGAGCUUGGCAUGGAGACGAUGGAAUUGUAGGACAGGAUGGGUUUGUGAGGAAAUUGAGUUCUGCUCGGAAGAAACACUGGUUUUCCCCCAACCUGGGCACGAAGCGAGCAGAAAACACUUUGUAGAGUAAGGGCACGGGGCACAAGAUGUGCAGGAGCAGAAUGAGUCUCUGCACAGCAGCAGGGAGCUGAGGGAGGCCGGAGGGGCGGCUGUGGGACCGGGAUGGGUCUCUGCCACUGUGGGACUGGGAAAGCCAGGAAGUGCUGCCUGUGCCGAGCAGGAUUUCCAGCCGCCGUAGCGUGUCCGGUGCCACCGAUGGGAAGCCCAAACGAGGGCUGGGGUGAAUCCUGCCUGCUGUGCUCCCUUGCGUCUCCGCUGGGAUCCCGCGAGGUGCUUGCCCUAAACCAGCUUUUCCGCAUGCCCUUCCCUGCGCCCUUUCCUCGCCACGGUUCCUGGGGUCAGCGAGGAAAAACGCAGCUCCCAGGUGCCCCUUUGGGAACAAGAGGGGGAUAUGAAUGCUUAUUUUUCACCUUCCAGAUAGAAAUCUCUCUUGAAAUUCCCAGCGGGGGAGGAGGAGUCGGUUCUUCCUCUCGACUGACCGCUUUGUGUGAUGUCAGUGUUAAAAAUGUUGAGAUUUUCACAAAAUAUUUUAAAUAAAAAGCUAUAAUAGUGUCGUUAAUAUAAAACUAUAACAGCAGUAUUUAAUCCUUUCAGAUCUGUAAAGAAUAAGGCAAAACAGAAGGUAAAUAUUCUUAACGGAGUAGCUGAGCUUUAAAGGUUCACUCGGUUUAAAGUCCUCGGUUCGGUUGCAGGCGCAUCGUUAACGUUUAGAGGUUUUACUAAUGUUAUUUAUUAAUUGUUCCCCUUCUCGUCCGCUGCCCCCGCGAGCUCCUGUGUUCGGGAUUCCCUCCAUCAAAUGAAAGAAAGCGAAAACAAAAGUUUUAUUUUUAAAUAAAAUCUCCUUUGUUGUA